UCGAUGUUUAUUUGCCUACUACAAUGCUGUAAUGCCUUUUGUAAGGAGAGGGCAUAUUAUAUAUUUUUUAUAAUUACGUAUUUGGAUUGAGCCCAUCAAUCGUUGGUUUGUUGUUUGACUUUUCUCAGGCAUACCGCUGCACCCUGACCUUUUUAAAGGAUCAAUCUGGGAUUGGGAUACAUCCUGCUGGAACACGGACAUCCUGGAUGAGUAGUGAGUAGUGAUGAGUGACAGGGAGGCAGUCCAAGCCCAUGUCCUUCUGUCAUCACAGGGCCACCAGACAGCCCUCCACCGAGCAGCCAUGGUGGGGAACAGUGAUAUCAUAGACGGACUCAUCAAGGGAGGCUGCGCUCUAGACCUACAGGACAAGGACGGCAACACGGCGCUUCAUGAGGUCUCAUGGCAUGGCUUCCGUCAGUCAGUCAAACUGUUGGUCAAGGCUGGAGCUGACGUUCACGCCAGGAACAAGGCAGGAAACACAGCUCUCCACCUGGCCUGUCAGAAUGCCAAUACUCAGAGCGCCCACGUGCUGCUGCUGGGAGGCUCCAGACCAGACAUCAAGAACAAUGUGGGGGACACCUGUUUGCAUGUGGCAGCACGCUACAAUCACCUGGCCAUGAUCAAGAUUCUGGUGGACUCCUUAUGCUCUGUUACGGAGAAAAACCAGCUAGGGGACACUGCUCUCCAUGUGGCGGCUGCCCUAAACCACAAGAAAACUGUUCAGCUCCUCCUGGAGGCAGGGACUGACGGCAACGCACGAAACAACGCAGGGAAGACUGCCCUGGACAAGGCCAGAGACUACAACCACAAAGACGCGUCACUCCUGCUGGCCAGAGCUCCUCAGGUUCACUGUUUCACUAGAGAAAGGACGGUGAGGAAGAAAAGGGACCGGCUGAAAGCAGAACGCAGAACCCAGUCUGUCACUAGAGAAGAAAUUCUGCCCAACAAGGACAGUGGGUACGUGGCUGAGGCGUCUCACGGUAUUGAGCGUAGGGCCAGCAGAGCAGGGCUGCCUCACCAUCAUCACCACCGCCUUCACUACAGUAAAACAUCAGUCACCCCAACCAGCCCUUACCACAGAAGGAGAAGACAUAAGCAUUUCAAAGAACAGGCCUUGGCAGAGGAUACUCCGAGAAGAAGAAUGAAUGGCCAUCCCGAACUCCACAGGAAGAGCAGACUGUGUACACAUGAUGAAGCCCUUCCGCCUCACAAUGGCAAAACCUAUCAGCUAUACACCCUGUACCGCGACAAGGACGGCAAUGUCAAACAGGCCCCAGCCAAUGGCUGCCACUGCAAGCCCCUGAUCAAGAGGCUAGAGGGAGAGCUGAACACCACUAAAGAGGAGAUGAGGACACAGAUGCUGACGGUUCAGGAGCAAGUCUAUACUAGGCUUGGGAGGAUGGACCGCAAGAGCAUACACCAGAUCAAAGUGCUGGACAUGUUGACCCAGGAGAGGGUGGCAGCAGAGAGGAUGGAGUGUCUCUACAGGAUGGACCAGACAGCUGCCCAGGGCAGAGAGGAGGCACAGAGGAGACAGCAGGCAGCAGCAACCCAGGAGUUGAAGAGGUGGUGCAUGACUCAGAUCCAGGAUUUGGACCUCCACCUCCCAGCCCACCCCCAGUACUACAAGCUGCUCCCCUCACCGUCUGUGGAGCAGUCUGUGGGGGACAAUGGAGACUCAGAGUGCCUCCCCCUGCUCUCUGUCUUCUCUGGGGACAGCAGCAGCUCUCUGGCGAACUACGUCAACCUGCUGUCAUGCCCUUCACCCUCGCCUUCAAUCACCCACAAUGCACCACACAGUCCGGCAAUGGAGCAGGGCCAGGGAUCGGGCAGGAAGUACUUUGAGCUGAAGCUGGACAGAUCACCAGAUGACGACCAGAACACUACUCUUCUCCCUCUGCUAGCUCACCGCCAUCACACGGGAAUCCUCCUGAGCUCUACCGCCACCCGGUGUCAGCAUCCAGAACUGCUCGACAAUCACAUUCCGGGGCUGAUCUGGGAUGGCUGCUCCAGCAGCAGCCAGUCUCCCACCAGCAACCGGAAGCAGGGCCGAGGCCAGGACAGCCAUGGCUGGCACCACAAGAAGCACCUCCGGGACCGGAUCAGGACGCGCGGCCUGAUGAGACCACCCAGUGUCGGGACCAGGACCCUAGAGUUCUUCAUGGACAGACCCCAUGAGCCCACAUUCAGUCAGGAGAGAAACAACCUACACGCCAUGGAGGUGACCCAGAGGUUCUUUGAGACAGUGUCCACUCAGCUGGAGUGCUGGUAUGAGAGGAAGAUCCAGGAUGCCAAGCGGCAGGCAGAGCUCAGGGCACAGCAGGACAGGGCCGAACUCCUGCAGCGAAUUAGAAGCCUGGAGGAGGAGCUUGAACAGCUCAGGAUGACCAAUGGGAGCACAGACAGUUGAUGCCAACCGGAUUGACAUCAUGAUUUUGAGCAGAGGAAGAGAUGAAGUGAGAGGGUUUACUUUGCCCAAAAUCUGUCCACGAAAAUAAGACCGCAAAGUGAGGAAUUUUUUAUGGAGGACAAUGAGUCGAAUUUGGAUAAGAAAAACUUGAAUUGCUUACUUAAAAGUUUCAAAAUGGUUAGGUUGUUAUGAAUGUAUUGAUAUAAGUGAACACGUGGCAUUUCGGAAACCUAAAAAAAAAAAAAAAACUUAAUCUGAGUUGUGCCUUUUGUUCACAUGUCUAUCUGCCCUCUCAUUGAAUAGUCCCACCUGAUCUCGACUCCUUAUGGCCUGCCUUCCAUCAAAGACAAUACAGUGCUUCCAUCUUUGAGGACACUCAUUUCCAAUGUUAGUGGUCACUCGACUAUCUUGUCAAUAUAAUAGAUUGUCUUUGGUUAGACCCUUACCGUAACCUAAUUGUAACCCAUUUGAAAAUGAAAUAUCACAUCUGCUACGUCCCCUUUGUUUUCCCCAUUUAAUGCUUAUACAGUGUUUUGCAAAAGUAUUCAACCCACUUGGCGUUUUUUUUCAAUUUUAUUCCAUUACAACCUGCAAUUUAAAUGGAUUUUUAUUUGGUUUUCAUGUAAUGGACAUACACAAAAUAGUCCAAAUUGGUGAAAUGAAAUGAAAAAAUAUUAAAAAACAGAAAAGUGGUGAACGCAUUUGU